AUAUGUAUGUUUAUAUCAAAUUCUAAAAUUUUUCUUCACCAAUUCCUUAGCACGGCAGGUUUAAGUGGUUUACAACUAAAGUAUAUAUCUUAGAGAUAUUAAUUAAUAAGCAAACUAAAUUUCAAAUGUUCAUUACCCCGACCAUCUCUUGUCAUCGUAGAUUCACAUACCAAAAUUGAGAAUUCUAUUUAAAAAACUAGAAUUUUACUUUGUUGGAGGAGGGAGUUGGCUGUAUUUCCAUAAGUGUUUGGCAUUUUUAAUCUGCUGCUUUGGGCAAGUUUAAGGCUCUCGUGUAGAUGGGCUCAAAAAGCACAUUUGACUGAUGCCCAGCUUGUUCAAGCGGCGUCUUUCAUCCUUGCUCAAUUUCUUCUUAAGCAAACAGUUAAAAAGACCCUCUACAUGUCAACGAACGGUGAGAAUCGGCCUAACUUUCUAAAGAAUUUGAUAAGACCACUUUUAAACUCUCGUGUAGAUGGGCCCUUGAUGUUCCAAGAUUUUUGGCAGAGUGGUAGGAUUCUUGAAGAAAUUGCUAGUUUACAACCACCUGCCACGGCUACCUACCUACAUUUAAGCAUCACUUGAUUAAUUUCAGAUAACUUGAUUGACAUCUGGAGAUUAAUAACGAAUUUGCAGCAGUGAACAAUGAACGCGCUACUUUUGAUGCCACGUUUCAAGUAUUGUGAAGUGAUGCCAUAAUUAUCUGCGCAUCGGAUAUCGUUUAAACCAUGAUACAUGAAAACAAGCGCGCUGUGGAUGUUGUUAAUGCUACGAUCGAUGCAGGUAGAAGAUCAUCUACAUAAAACUUAGUCUCUGAAUGUAUCAUUUCGUUCGGCGCUCGGGAUGCAGGAUUAUCAAAACAAAACCCUUUGAAAAUAAAUUGGUGCGGAUGCGACACUUCGCAAUAUCUCUGUGUCUUUCGGUUUGAUGAAGAAAAACAGUGAUGAAAAGACAAACAAUUCAAAAACUCAUUACCACCUUCAUAUUGAUAACACUAUGCAUGAGAAUUACUAUUCUCUGGUUCUCAAAUGAUGAGCAUCGAAAAGAGGCAGAAAUAAAAGAGUUCAAUUCAGUUCAAAUUCACCCGUAUCUAUCAAAUUUAAUUGAUGCCCAAAGUUCUGAUGAUCAGAUGUCUCUGUUAGAUAGAAAAGUUUUAGAAUUUGUGGUUCAGAAAAAGACUAUUGCGACAAAUGAAAGAAUUAGAGAAGGCAGAGCUGCUGGGACAGCAUCUGUUAAUGCUAAAGAUAGACUUAGGAACAAAAUAACAGAAAAGAAAACUUCCGUUAUUACCAAAAGAAAACACACCAGCACCAUAACUAAUAAAAAAAAUUUGCAACACACUACGGAGAAUAAAUUACAGGAAACAAAUAUUCACAGCCAUCAAAAAGUUAGCUUUCAAAUGAAAACCAUAGCAAAUACAAUUAACCCUUCAACCAUCAUUCCAAAUGGAAAGGUUAAUGUGUAUACAUAUCAUGACGUAUUUACGGACCACGAUAAUCUUAACUUGCAUUGGAAUCCACUGUUUCCCCAUAUUCCACGACGAGGCUUUUUUGCCACAAAGCUGGAGGACGAUGUCUUGAUACAAGAAAUUCUUUCAAGGAGAUUUCUUGGCUACCUUCACGCUAAUAAAACUGGAUAUUACACUUUCAAAUUUGAUUCUACAUCUCCUUUGGAUUUCCUUUUGUUCAAUGAAAGUUUUAGCAAGGAUAAGAUUUUACUUCGACUAGGCCAAUUAAGUACAGGUAUCCGAAAAUCGAAUGUUUUUCGAGGAGUUUCAAAAGAGGUUUGGUUGGAGCAGGGCAAAGCGUACCCUAUAGAUUUAAUUCACUCUUGCUUUGGAAAUGGACGUUUCUCACUACGAUGGAAGAAAAGAAACUGGCCAAUAUUUGCUGCUAUAGGUUUCCGCCAUCUUUCUUCUCUACAUAGCAACACUUCCGUGUUUAGCUCGCAACCAGAUAGUUACGUUUACACUGGUGGUGUUCCAGAGCUUCGUAGAAAAUUCCAGAACGACAGUAGAAUGCAUUUUGGUAGCAAAAUUCAGUUAACCAGCAAAUCAAGCAAAACAGGGCUUGAAGCAUGUGCUUACAAGCCGAGUUAUCUGUUUCUUGGAAAUAAAUUGCUUUUGUACUAUGGCCAGAUGCAGUUAAGAAAGGAAAAGAUUUACCCCAACGAUAAUGCUAAUUACAAGGCUAAUGAUGUUAAAAUGGAUCGAUUUCUCGGCGAGGAUACAGCGAAGGCAGUUGCAAACGAUGUUUUUGCUGCUGUCAACAAUGCAAAUAGUGGAAUAUUUGAACUUCAGAAUAUCGUUCAUGUAGAAGAAAAUCACGACAAGAAACGCUACUUAGUAGAGCUGGAUUUGAAAAGCAAAGUCGACGGGAAAAUUUAUCGUUUCAGUGAUUACUUUCUGAGACCAGAUAACAGCAGGGGACUUUGCCUUCCUGAAGGAUAUUCACAAUGGAAUCAUCAAGCUAAAAUCUACUUGAUUUGCGUCGUGAAAAAUCAGCGACAGUGGUUUCAGUAUCUCAUACAAUCACUUGAAGAUUUGAUCAAAAGGACAGGAGAUAGGAACCUUCAUUUGGUGACAGUCGAUUUUUAUAGCACUGACGGAGACUUACAAAGCCUUUUAAAGAACAGCAAACUGAACUAUACUUUUCUGCAGUUGACUGGGAAAUUUUCGAAAGUUGUGGGAUUGAAUGAAGGAGUCAGGCAUAUUCCUCGCAAUGACAGCAUUGUUUUUGUUAUGGAUUUACAGUUGCAGAUCCCUGAUCAUAUAUUUGAUCAAGCUAGAAAGCAUACGAUAGAGGGCAAGAUGACCUACUGUCCAGUCUUAAUACGCCUAUACAGUAACGAGCAUCCUGAAUAUACCGAUGUGAAGCAAAAUUCUAUAUGGAUGGAGAUAGGCUACGGAAUGAUGUCAAUCUAUAAAAGUGAUUGGCUCAGAGUCGGAGGAAUGAAUGAAACAUUUUUCAAAUAUAAAUGGGGAGGAGAAGACUGGGAGUUUGUUGACCGAGUUGUGAUGGGCAGACUCGAAAUAGUGCACCCAAGACUUCCUGGGUUUUAUCACAUAUAUCAUUCGACCAUUGGCACGUGGGACGGAUCGAAAAAAUUUUAGCUUCAGAUAUUAUCAAAUCGAUAGCUCAAGCAUUUUAUUCGGUUUAUAAUAACAAAGAGUGAAACUUGAUAAAGAUAUAAAGUAAGUUAAAGAAAUAGUUAAACUUUUGAGAAGAAUAAUUAAAGAAUUGUCCAAAACGGGCCUUUUGGCGCAGAAAGUUCUCCAGAUCGAGCUGAAGUAAUAUUCUUCUUGCUUUGAUUAAAGUCUUGCUUUUUUAAAGGGCAUAUGUCGCAUUAAUAGUUAGCUAAUAAAACAAAAGCGUGGAAUUCCAUUGUUUCGUGACUUUUCAUUUUUUCUUCUUGAAUUUUUACUGCUGUAAAAAUUCACCCUCGAUUCCAUGCUGUGUACUAAACAAAAAAUAUAAUUGUAUUGCAUUAGCCAAUCAUGUUCACGACACAUUCUCUUUAAAAAGCCUAAUACAUACAGUUGGACUCAUAAGUUUAAUUAUUAAAUAAAAUUAUUGAAUGUAAAAUUUGAACACAAAAUUUCAACUAAAAAGAAGAACCUAAUAUUUUUUGGAGAUAAUGCGUACAUUACUAUCAAACAUUUUCAACACUUUUCUUAUGAUAACAAUUUCAAGAAUACUUUUGGCAACCAAAGUCCUAGGAAGACACUUUAAGGCUAUAGGCGUUGAACCCAAUCCUCAACCAACCAAUUUUCAGAAGCCAACUUUCAUUAGAAUAUCUGCCCGAUAGGCCCGUUCAGUAAAACGUUGUGAACUUCUCAUUUUUCGAAAAUGCUAUUUUUAUAUUUUCAUGAAUGUUGCCAAACUAUAUUUGCGCAUAAAUUAUAUCUUUUUAAGACUUAUACGAGAACUGAGAAUGCACCAAAUGUUGACAAAAUAUCAAUCCUUACUGCCCUCUGCAACACAUAUUACAUGUAUAUUAAUCAAUUUAUAAUGCAAUACACGAGUUAUCAUUUUUCAAUAAAAGGUCUGCGCACUUUCUGUUCUGUGGUAAUUUCUACGUACUCGUUUCCAGUUAAUG